AUGCAAAGAAUUCGAAGGAAUGCUUUUACUUUGGAUAAGAGGGAAGAGGCCACGGCCAUGCCCGAGCCUCCACCACAAUUUUCACAUGAAACCGUUACGUUUGGUAUGGUAUCUUCAUCAGCUGAAGACUUCCCGCAUGAAUUAAGUGGAGGAGACACACCUUGCCCAUCAUUAACAGAACAACAGAUCACAGGUAAAGAAUGAGCAUCUAUUCGUCGGAUUUUACCUCUGAUAAAUUGUGGCGCGCAGUAAGAAUUUAUGCAUUUUCAGGUUAUUUUAGGACUUAAAAACGACAACUUUGUAUCAGAGAUAUCCAGAAUUCUAGUGGUUUUGUAUCACCAGAUUCUCUCCAUAAUUGAUGUUAAAAAAAUUCGCACUAUCUCCUCAACCAAUCGGAUGCAAGAGUCAAACGAAUCGCACCAAGGUCACUAGCCUUUUCCCGCGGUUAAGGUAGUGUUCUUUCUUAGCUCCAAUCCUUAUUGGCUCCUCGAUGGUCAAUUAGGGCGGAAAAGAUACCUAGGUAACUUUAAUUUUGGUUUUUUGCUUGAUGAAUGCACUUUACAUUUCAUCUUUUUGUCAGCGCCUUCCGCUGGAAAGUAGUUUAUUCAAGAGAUAUGAGGCGAUAUUCAACGUAGCUUUGAAACUAGUGAUCCGAGAUUGCAUUGGUUUGCUCUGUGAUUGGUUCAGAAAACUCGUUUCACUUUUUCAACCAAUUAGAUACAAAACAAAAAACACUCACCACUUAGUCGCCCACGUUUUACUGCGCUUUAGGCAGUUUGGGUGGUUCUACUUGGGGUUUUCGUUGGCUCAUAAAGGUAUUUUAUUUUCCUUUGAUUGACGGUUGUGAUUACAUAUAUUGCAUUGGUUAUGGUUUUCGACAUUCAAUCGAAAAGCGCUUAUGGCAUUAUCCAUAACUCUUCAACUAAGCAUCCACGAGUGCAAAUGAGUAGAAGGGAGGCUAUGAAUAUUCAUCUAAUACAGUGAUAUCCUGGUAAGCCUUUAGGGAGGUGUUCGACCUCUUUGACAGCAAUGGUGGAGGUACAAUCGACGCCGAGGAACUGGAUUUGGCGAUGAGAUCAGUCGAAAUCUAUCUAUCGCAAGAGGACUUACUAGAAGUACUGUCCGCCAUGGAUAAAGACGGUAAUAAAAAAAAAUAACAAAGAAACAUUAUAAAAAUGGCCAGGAUAUAGAUGAGGAGACAGAAAGGACGACUUUUGAUCCAAGGCUGGUGAUAUGUAAAAUCAACAUAACUCAUUUUACAGAUAGUCUUUCGACCAGUAGUAUGUUUUCCGUCCACGCAAAAGCUAAUCCAGAGAUCUCUCUCGAUCUGUUCUAAGUGAAAGCAAUAAAAAGGCAUAAAGCCAGGACCGAAUCAAAGUGGGAGCAUGACCCAUAAACCACAUGUUAUUCAUUUUCACCAUUAAAAAGUUUCUAUCGCUUUUGAGAUUUGGAAGUAUAACCCAAACCUUCAAAAAUCGUGCUGGGUAUUUGGGAGAUCGAUGUAAAGAAUGUUCCCCAAGGAUUCUCGUCUGAGAAGAAGGUGUCUCUUACAUUGAAUACUAGCCCCAUCAGAGUUUAGAUUCCUCGCAGUUGUUCUGUUCAAGGACCACAUCAUCAAAAUAACCUCCUUUUUCUGAAAUGUGUACUCUGCUUCUUGCAGGAAAUGGUGAAAUUGAUUUCCACGAGUUCCUUAACUUGAUGACGAACACAGAGCGCUUCUUGGAGGGAUUCAGUACGUUAAAUUAAUACUUAACGAUUAUAACACCGUGAUUUAUUUCUGUGUCAUUUCCUUUCACAACCAUAGGCAUGGACUUUUUAUCACCUUCCACUCUUAUGGACUCUCUCCCAAAUGGCAGGACACUUACAUAAAGAGAGUUAGAAGAUAAGAUGUAAAUUACUUAGUGUGUACUUCAACGGUUUUCAUUACAGUGCGAAUGUAAAUGUAUAUAAGGGCAUAGUCGGGAGAAAGAUUCUGGGGUGCCGUAUCCACCCUUCCCCCUUCCCCCUUCCCCCUUCCCCUUCCCCUUUCCCCCUUCCCCCUUUCCCCUUUCCCCCCCUUCCCCCUCCCCCCCCCCUUCCCCUUCCCCUCCCUUCCUCCCCUCCUCCUCCCCCUUCCCCCCUUCCUCUGCUCCCGUUAUAAAAUUGUUUACGUCAAUAAAGUCACAAGACUGAAAAUUCAGAUCAAGAAAACACGCGAAUUCAAUAACGUGACUGGCACAAAUCUCUUUUAGUUUAGGAUGCUCCACAUGUUCCAGUCAUUCUUGUAGCGUGAAAAUAAACCAAAUGGUACACAAGGUAGACCAGCGGUAUAUGCAACGUCACUUAACUAACUUGCCCAAAAAUUCGUAGUCAUGAUUAACUUUUCCCGCUUUGUCCCCCUUCGGUUCAAAAACUCAUAGCUUUGCUACUGGUGUAAAUUCUAAGCCUUUUUCCGACCAUCAGUUCCGGAGUUACUUGGUUUCUAAGUUUUCUGAACCCUAACUUACGGAAAAGCCAAUUUAGAGAUGAAUGCCAGAAUUAGACCGUGGGUAAACAAAUGAUAAUAUGCUUAGUGAAGGUCGGUGACGGUAUGAUUCAUUUCUUUUGGAAGGCUUUGGCAAAGGGUUGAAACUUUAUUUUCUGUAGCAACUGUGGACGAAAAAAGGAAGAGAGAACAUCUCCUCUUUGAGGCCUUGACGCAGUUUAUGAAGAGAUCAGCCCUUCAUUCAAUUAGCGAAAUUGUCGGGUAAGUCACACGCCUUAUUUUCUUGCAAGUUGACUAAAGUUAAGUUAAGUGGCAUUUUUUGUGUGAUUUUGAUAUGGUCAGCUAUUGCUUCCAGAUGCAACCCUUUUUGUUAAGAAUUUGACUCAUCCAAUCGCUUAACUUCGUUCUUAAGACUUGCUUAGUGUAGGCGCAAUCUUUCUGUUCACUUAUCAACGAAUACUGGGGCGACUCAAACCAUUAUCAAAAACGUCAAACCUCUAAAUCGCAGAUUUUACCAUACCAAGUACAAGCGCAUCCAGGCCCCCCACGUCGUGGGCCACUACGCAGCCGGGGCCCGGCUUAUUGGCUUGACAGAAAACCAGCUGAGAAGGCGCAUGGAGAGCCUGAAGGCGAGGCAUGCUGCUGGAGAUAACAAAUCCCCGUAUGCUGAGCCGUUGCACAUAGUUUUUGGCACGGUUGGUAUUUUUGCGUUGUAUAGAAAAAAUAAUCGGGGACUUCUUUAGUCUAUGAAUGGUUUAGAAAAUUCGCGCCGCCUCCAGUUUAUCAAAUGCUUAAGUUGGUCUCUUGCGUUCUCCUGGUCCUCUGACAGUUUACGAUCAUACUUUAAUCUUAUCCACAGUUCCUUCUAGCAUCUUUGGAUGUAUGUUUUAGCUCUGUCGGGCUAAUAUGUUCACCUCGUUUUUGGUACUCUAUCAAUUUGCGCUCUAUUUCCUUUACAAGGUAAAUAUUUGGUGCGAGGUCAUGACGAACCUCGGACCGAGCGCCACCCCGUCCGGCCCGUUAGCGGAGUUUGUAUAUACUAAAACAAUUUGUUAGUCCCUUUUCAAUCGUAACAACUGAUUUUACCAGCUUUCGUAAUGUAAAUAGGGAAUUUUCGAGCAGGUAUGUGAGGUCGGCUUCAAGGCACGAUGUGCCAAGGCUUACGAAAGGCACAUCGACUGUCAGUUAAAGAGGCUUGUAACUUUAAAGGCUCUAGGUUUCAAUUCCAUAAGAAUUUAUAAGGGGCAAGGAAAAAGCGAGUGAAAAGGAAAUUUGAAAGCAGAGAUGCGAGGUCAGGCUUCAACGCUCAUCGCCUGUAAAUUAACUAUAGAGUAAGUAACGAAUAUGAAAGUGAUCUUAGCAGUAAUGAACUCUAUUUAACCAGUAGUGAAAAUGAAGUUUGAAAAAAGAUUCAGGCCCGUACGAGAUUUGAACCCAUGACCGCUGCGAUACUGGUGCAGUACUCUACCAACUGAGCUAACAAGCCAACUGUGAGCUGCUUAAAUAGUGUUCAGCACUGCGAAGAUCGCUUUCACUGAUAUUCAAUUCUUAACCCGCAGUUCACAUAUACGAUUUUCAUAUAUUUACAGUCAUUUAUUCAUCACUUUACGGGUUCAUUACGAACCAACAUAAUGACCAGCGCUCAGCUGACAUGUUAGCUCAGUUGGUAGAGCACUGCACCGGUAUCGCAGAGGUCAUGGGUACAAGUUCCGUACAGGCCUACAUUUUUUCAGGCCUUAUUUUCACUACGCACGUACUGUUUAAGUAGAAUUUAUUACUGCGAAGAUCGCUUUCAUAUUCAUUUCAAAACCCGCAGUCCACAUAAUUUAUAUGAUUUUCACAUAUUCACAAUUAGAGUAAGUAACGUUACAGCUCUACGUUUCUCUUCUACACAAAUUUAUAGGUGGCGAGGAAAAAGUGUCCUCAACGCCGUGCUAAGACUAACACCAUCACAGAAACAGAUGGCUUACCAGAAAUUUCUCUGACCAAAGGAAAGAUCAGACUAAAAUUUGGAAGACCACGCAUGCCACCCCCGUCUUCUUCUUACCCCAAUAUACUCGAAAAAAGCCCUGUUUUGCCAAACGCGGUAAGUUACUCACAAUUACAGAAGGGUCUCGUAGACACAGCGUGUGCGAACAUUGUGAUGAUUAAGUGGCAUGCUUUCAGGCUGACAGAGACAAGUUGUUUUACACAAGUCACAAACAACCACACAAGCCAGUGAGUUAGGGUGUUUUCAAAGCGUAUAACUUCUUUGGAAAAGUUUAAAACAGCCGAGCUGAGUAAAUCACAGGAUCUACCCAUACUUGAAUAGGCUUUGUAUAUGUGACCCUCUAUAUGAUUUCAGGGACAAAGGUGAUACAACUUGAUCUAUAGUACUAUUCCGUCAAAACUAGAUUUUAAAAGGUACCCGGUGACUUCGCCAACAUGUUAAAUCGUGGACAGUUGUCUUUGGUUUACUCGUCGACACACCCGUCACUUCGCCGACAUCCGCGGUCACUCUGCCAGCGUACUUGAUCAACCGCGUAACAAAAAUUGGAGUCGGUGAGCGACUGGUAACCUUUUAAAAUAUGGCUGCAGGUUCGUUUAGUUUCCGGGGGUUACGUUAUCAACACAGUUGAUAAAAAAAAAAAAAAUUAUCUUACGAGUUACGGGCUGCUCAGUUCUCAAGCUGCGCAUACCGAGUGCCUCACUUCACUCCAUUUGCUUAAUUUUUGUGCAUAACUUACACGAAGUUUCAACACAAACAAUUCUCAAAUCUUGCCUCUCUGUCCUCAGUCUAUCAUACAACAGACUAUGAGCCCAGCAGCUCAGCUUCUAAUGCGCGGGCGUCAAACUUACCACCAAGGAAAACGUAAACAACGAAAACCGCCCCUGAAGAAAAACGGCUGGGUCAGCCAGAGAUUUAAACCAUUCCCCCUUGAGCUUCCUAGUAUCUUUGCUGAACGAGAAAAGAAAACAGGCAAACCGGAACAACACCCAAGCCUCACAUUCGACGAUUUAAAUAAAAUACGAGACAAGGCAAGUAAAUGAACGAAGAACUUCAACCUAAGAAGUAAAAUCUCUAAAGUAAACAAUUUCCUAUGUUGAGAAUCUCUAGUAGAAAGUAGCCAACCGGAACCGGUUUUUUUUUCUUUUGCGCUUUUCAGGCGAGCAUGAGUAGAACGUGAUGAGCGAGGAUGCGCGUGAGGGAAAGACGACUCGUACUUCGCCCUCUCAUCGCGUUUGCCUCCUGCAUACCUUCGCUCGUCUGCAAAUGAGAAAAACAAAAGGCUUGUUCCGAGAGGGAAGAGAGAUGAUGCAGAGGGGAAAGCUCUUGCCUCUAACCGUGAUUUAGGUUCUUUUCCUGAGCCAGCAAUAUAUUUUUGUAACCAUUUUACUCUUAGGGGUGAUUAACAUGUAACUUCUCCCUAUAAUAUCCAUACAUUAUCAAGCAAACAGGUGAUGAGAAUACUCAAACUUACACAGGUAGAUAAAGGUAUCUUGAUCUAUCACCAAAUUCUUUUAAAUAAUUUACAAGGGAAUGAGUUAAAGCUAGAAGGGAGAAUUGACCCUCAGAUCUUAAGAAUUAAAGGGUUAAAUGUCAAAUCAUCUGUUUGUUGGAUUUUGUAUUCAUGCUGCAUGGAGAAGUUACAUAUUUGUCACUUUCGUAAAUUAUAGGUUGAUGUGAUUGCUCCUUCUUUUAUUUAAAAGGUUGCUCAAGCAAGAGAUGUUCACUUUCAACGACUUCGGGAAACAAAAAGCAAAGACAGUGAAGAUCAUUGGAAAUCCUUAGCUCCUGAGCAGAUUAACUCAGAUGUACUAAGAGAUUACUUCAGACUGGCUUUCAAUACUUACACACCAUAUGCCACUGUCCAUGCUGUUUGA